AGUCGGAGAAGUCGGCGACUCCAAUGCGGUCGCGCAGGAGUAGGUUGCCAUGACGACACGGUGAACACAGAGCGGCAGCAGCUAAAAAUAGCGUCAGGCUGCUGAAAGCUGAUCUGAUUGUGGAGACCGAGGCGCCUUUGCUCUGUCCGAUCUGGAUGGAUUUGGGUCUGACCGGUGUCAGAUCACCGCCAGAUUACCCAGCAGGAGAUGAAUGGCUCCUGGACCCGCUCCAUCUUCAGAACCAGGCUCUAGUCAAGGUUCUCCUGCCAUCAUGAUUAUCGCCUGAUUUCUCCUCAGAGGAUGUCAGGAAACGUGUCAUCUCUGACUCCGCCCACCAGUGCAUCACCCCCACCUUCCCUCACCGACUGGGAGCCUCCCAGUUUCACCCGAGCUGCUCAGUUCCGGGUCGGCGCCACCUCAGUGCUCUUCCUGUUUGCUGCCUGCAGCAACCUGGCGCUGCUGGCCAGCAUCUGGUGUGGGCGUGGCCGCCGGCUGUCGUCUCACCUGAGGCCGCUGAUGCUGAGCCUGGCAGCGGCGGACCUGAUGAUGACGUUUGUGGUGAUGCCUCUGGAUGCGGCAUGGAACAUCACAGUGCAGUGGUAUGGUGGCGAGGCGCUCUGCAAACUCCUCUGCUUCCUGAAGCUGUUCGCCAUGCACGCCGCUGCCUUCAUCCUGGUCGUCAUCACCCUGGACCGCCAUUACGCCAUCCUGCAUCCGCUGGACGCCCUGAGCGCGCACCGCAGGAACCGCUGCCUGCUGCUGCUGGCCUGGAGUCUGAGCCUGAUGCUGGCCUCCCCACAGCUCUUCCUCUUCAGAACCAUCCGUCUGGACGCGGCCAACUUCACACAGUGCGCGUCCCACGGCAGCUUCACUCACCGCUGGCAGGAAACGCUCUACAACAUGUUCCACUUCGUCACGCUGUACGUCGUCCCACUGCUGCUGAUGAGCUGCUGCUACAGCCGCAUCCUGCUGCACAUCAACCAGCAGCAUCUGCAGCACAAAGCAGGUGAGUCGUCCCUGCGGCGGAGCGGCACCGACCUCAUCCCCAAGGCGAGGAUGAAGACGCUGAAGAUGACGGUGGUGAUCGUCCUGUCCUUCAUCGUGUGCUGGACGCCGUACUACCUGCUGGGGAUCUGGUACUGGUUCCAGCCCGACAUGCUGCGGGUCACACCUGAGUACGUCCACCACGCCCUGUUCGUGUUCGGGAACCUGAACACCUGCUGCGACCCCGUCAUCUACGGCUUCUACACGCCGUCGUUCCGCGCCGACCUGGCCGCCUUCUGCCACCGGACGAGGAGCCACGCUUCGCCGCGCUCGCCGGACCGCCUGUCCGCCAGGCAGGGUCCGCACAGCGGCGAGGGCGAGGCGCCGCCUGGCCCCGCCCACCAGGCAAACCAGGCUGACCAAUAACAGGCCAGAACUGAACCACGGGACGUUCUCUUCUUCUGUGGUUUGAUUUUAUGUUUGGAGGUUUCUCAGUUUGUCGCAGCAGCAGAUUGAAUCUCUGAAUAAAAUGUUUGUCUGAUUCUGAUUGGUCACAA